AUGCCCCUGAGGAAGCCCGCGGGCAAGCGGCGCAGCACCGACUCGGGCGUGGAGCCCGACCGCGGGGCCCUCUCCCAGGAGAAGAAGGACCAGCGCAUCGCGCUCUUCCUCAGCGACUUCGACCAGCAGGCCAAGGAAAAUAUCCAGGAAAUGAAGAAAGAGCUGGAUUCGCUUUUGCAGACGGCUGAGAAGGCGUUCACGGUGGAGCUGCUGAAGGUGCCGGUUGCCAUCAGGAAGAUGAAAAGGAAAGACCUGCUUAAUUUGCGAGGAGGGGAGGAAGUGGCUCUUGCUGCUGCAGUGACUGACUGCUCUCUAGAAGACGUACCAAACCCAAAACUGGUGAGGACCAACAGCAAAAAAGUUAAGGUAACUACAAUUGUUGAAUAUGAAGAUGCCAAGCAUAUUUCUGCAAAGAAAAUAUCUAAAAAAGUUUCCAAAACAAAAUCGUUGGUUUCAUUGGCCUCUGGUUUAAAUGGCAAACUGAACCAUCUUUCUAGGUCUGCUCACUCUUCUGCAAGUGUGACUGAGGCCAUUAAGUCUCUUGCUUCUGAUUGCAGUGCCACAAAUAUCAAAGCCAUGCCAAAGGUAUCUAAAAGUGCUGGACUACAACAGACAGUCUCAAGAACUGUACCUACCAGUGGAAGAGUUCAAGGCAUGUUACUAAGAAGUAAAUCAGUACCCCAAGAUAAAACUGUUCCGUUUGUAAACAUUCCCCUGGCUGAUGGACAGACACUCUGUACAGCUGGUGGAGACCUCCAUAAUAUUGAUGUACAACUACUAAAUCAAGAUACAGUACAGCAUAUUCAUAACUUAGUGAGUGAGCUGACUGUACUAUGUGGAAAGGCAACAGCUAAACCAAGUUAA